AUGUCGUAUCCUCACGAGCCGACGAUGCAUUCGCAGGCUCCUUCACGAUACGCAUCACCAGCCCCCCAGUACUCUCAGCCUUUCCCUGAUGUCUUGCCCUCAAUGUCAGGUCAGGACGGGUAUGGCCAACAGUUUGAGUACGCAUCACCACACCCCAACAUGGGCUCGUACCCAGCUCCAGAUGAACUUCAUCGCAGUGAUCGCCCCUACAGCACCCCGGCGACAUCGCCACCGACGCCGGAGCCUCGCAUGGUCCGGGCCGCGGCCCUCCGCAGCCGCUCCACGCCGCGCACGUCCCCCGACGCGAACCUGUCCUCCACCAAGGAGGGCCGCGUGACGAAGCCCAAGCCCAAGAAGAAGAGACCACGGUCCGAGGCGGUGCCCAAGCCCAAGCAGAGCAUUGAUAAGCCGCUCAGCCAGCUGGCCGAGGAGAUGGACGAGCAAAUCAUCGACAUCGAGGCCUUUGUGAACCGCGGGCCUGAGGCGCGCCACGCAGAGGUCAUGACGGGCAAGAAGGCCGGCAAGAUCAAGCGGCCGAUGAACGCCUUCAUGCUGUACCGCAAGGCGUACCAGUUCGUUUGCAAGAAGUACUGCAUGGAGAACAACCACCAGGUCGUUUCGCGGGUCUGUGCCGACAGCUGGGAUUCGGAGCCCGAGAGCGUCCGUGACCAGUUCGCCGAGUGGGCCAAGAUCGACCGGGACCAGCUGCACCGCGCGCACCCAGACUACAAAUUCACGCCGUCCAAGCCCCGUAGUUCAUACAUGAAGAAGGUGCGAAGCGAGAUGGACCUCUCCGACGACGAGUUUGACGGCGAGUACGUCCCGCGCGGCACCAGGACCCGUGGGCGCGACACGCCCGACUCGGCAUAUUACCCCAGCCACAGCGGCAGAUACACGCCCUUGCACGACCUAGACCAGUGGAACUCGUCUCCCGCCAUCGGGAACAUGAUGCUGCCGACGAGUCAUCCGUACCAGGCGCUGCCGGCAUAUAACCUGUAUCCCGCUACUACCGGACAAAUCAUCCACCCGAUGCCGAGUGCCUACGGCGGAAACGAUGCCUUCGGCCUUCUUGUUCAGGGUGGGGGAGCCCACCACUAUCAGCACGGGCAAGGCGGCUAUCGGGCAGGGUCGACGCCGCCCGAGUUCGCCGAUGACUUUGUACCGCGGAGCAGUGCAUCGCCCGCCAACAACUUUGAGCACGGCCUCACACGAUACGCCACAAUGCAGCAGCAGCAGCAGCAGUCACAUCCCUACCAACAGUACCCCAACCAUCAUCAUCAGCAGCAAGGCCAUGCCGAUUGGCUGCAUCAGGGGCGACAAGUCAUUCCAUCAGCUCCCGUCGUUAGGUUGCAGCCUUCGAUCGAUCCUAGCCUCGCUACUCCCGUGGACAGCAAGCAUGCUGCCGAUGCCAACCUGCCGUCGACCAUGCCUGGGCUUGACCUGGAUCCCCAAGACCCGUCGACGUUCGAUGCAUUCUACCUCGACAACGAUCCGUUGCUAAAGGAGGGUGUCGACAACGGCACGCUCGAGGAGAGCUGGAACAUCAGCGAGGUUGAGCCGCAGGACUGGCACAUUGACGAGGUCGAUGUAGUGACCAAGGUUGAAUGA